UUUGUGUUAUCUACUUUCUACUGCCUUUUUUUUUGUUUUAGCACCCCCCGCCAUGAAAUAUUGUUGCAACAAAACAAAUUCCAACUUUCAAUUUACCAUGUUGACAACAAUAUAUUUCUCUUCAAAUUCAACUAUCAUUGUGUAAGGUUUUUCGAGUUUUCUAAAAAACACUUCCUCUACAGUGACAAGAUCAAGUCAACAAUAUUGAUUUUUUGAGGUGUUGAUGUUGGAAAAUCAGAAGAAUAUGGAUAAGAACUACUGCCGUCUUUGCCUGAAGCACGAUUUAUGGAAUUCUCCUCUCUCUGUUUUUUCUGAAGGAUUCCAGAUCUCUACAAAGAUUUUAACGGUUCAUGGAAUUCAGAUUGCGGAAAGUGAUUCAUUCUCGAAAGUGAUAUGCCACCUAUGUCUGGCCAAAUUGGAAUUCAUGGAUGACAUAAGAAAAGAGUGUGCUAAAUAGUAACUCCAUUUUGAAUAACAUUGCUGGAGAACAGGCAGUGUUGGGUGAUAGAUCAACCUGCGAAUUGAGCGAAGAAGAAGGUGGUGGAGAAGAAGAAGAAGAAGAGGAUGGAGAAGAAGAAGAAACAACAGAGAGAGCGUGCAACAAAUGUAAGUUUGUGACAAGCUGCGCCAGUGAGCUGUCAGUGCAUCUAGAACUCCACAACAGGGUGUCCCCCAGAAAUUGUCCGCGUUGCGAAGUGACUGUCCUCACCGAAAACGAACUUGCCGAGCACAUGAAGCAAAAACACAAACACAAAACGCUGGCAAUCCACUACUGCACCCAGUGUUGCACUCUUAUAUACGGCAACAGUCAGUUCUACCAUCAUUUUAGGACACAACAUGGCGGUGGACUAACGGAUAGACAUCAGAAUAAGAAGAGGAAGAGAUCGGAGAACCGGAAGAGCAGGCGCCGGAAAGAGAGGGUGAAACCGGUUGAGGGUGAGAGAGGCUGGAAACCAGUUGAAACCCACAGGGAGAGGAUUGUGUUGAAAAUCAGCAAAACAUCUGAAGAUGGUAGCAGUACCAGGGGCGAACUGAUGCAAACUAAUUCGAAGAAUUCUGAAGCUGGCCACAAGCAGUUGUCGAACAAUUCUCAAGGACAUCAGUUGCAAACUUCACAAGUAGCAAUUGGCAACAAGCAGUUUUCGAGCAAUUCUCAAGCACAUCAGUUGCAAACUUCACAAGUAGCAAUUGUGAAUGAGCCGUUUUCAAGCAACUCUCAAGGACAUCAGUUGCAAACUUCGAGCAAUUCACAAGUUGCAAAUAUCAACAAGCAAUUUUCGAGCAACUCUCAGGGACAUCAGUUGCAAACUUCACAAGUAGCACUUGUCAACAAGCAGUUUUCGAGCAAUUCUCAAGGGCAUCAGUUGCAAACAUCGAGCAAUUCUCAAGGACACCAUUUGCAAACUUCACAAGCUGCAAUUGUCAACAAGCCAUUUUUGAGCAACUCUCAAGGACAUCAGUUGCAAACAUCGAGCAAUUCUCAAGUUGGUCACAAGCAAUUUUCGAGCAAUUCUCAAGGACAUCAGUUGCAAACAUCGAGCAAUUCACAAGUAGCUACCUCAGGUAUGAACAACGCCCAGCCAUCAUCCACUGACGUCAUCAACUCUCAGUCAACCAAAGAGAAUAUUUGUUGGAGAACUGAAAAUGGUGAUGCAACACCAUCUAAGAAGGGCAGAUUUGACCUUGGAGAUAGCCAGAGGAGAAGAUUGGAUGGGAAAACCGAAUUCCCUCAGAGUAGAUUGAAUGAGAAGACCAUAACCUGUGACACAUCUCUUUCCAGUACUGAUAAAUGUCAUCCAUCUGAAGGAUACAUUCAUUCAAGGACUGAAAUUCCUGAAGAUAGUCACACUCCUAAAAAGAGAGGAUUAAGUGCCGGGUUUGUUCCAAAUAGUAAGGGGAAUAUUACAAGCGGGGGUCAUGAAAAGGGUGUGGAUAUUGUGAAGAAUUGUAUGGAGAAUAUUACAGGCAAAGGGAAAAUUAUAAGGGAAAAGGGAAUAUUACAUGAAAAGGGUGUGGAUAUUGUAAAGAAUGGUAUGGAGAAUAUUACGGGCAAAGGAAAAAUGAUAAGGGAAAAGGGAAUAUUAUAUGAAAAGGGUGUGGAUAUUGUGAAGGGAACAACUGUUUUCCCAGGUAAAGAAAACAGCAGAGAUUGGAUUAUUGAGAAAGAUCGAACAGCUGUUUCACCAGGUUCACAUUGCAGUGACGAUUGGAACAUUGGUGCAACAGCUGUUUCAUCAGCUAAAGGAAACAGUGGAGAUUGGAGCAUUGAGAAAGACCGAACAGCUGUUUCACCAGGUUCACAUUGCAGUGAUGAUUGGAACAUUGGUGCAACAGCUGUUCCAUCAGCUAAACAAAACAGCGGGGAUUGCAGCAUUGAAAAUGAGCGAACAGCUGUUUCACCAGGUUCACAUUGCAGUGAUGAUUGGAACAUUGGUACGACAGCUGUUCCAUCAGCUGAAGAGAACAGUGAGGAUUGGAGCAUUGAGAAAGACCGAACAGCUGUUUCACCAGCUAAACAAAACAGUAAAGAUUGGAACAUUACAGAUGAGGAGAUGAGUGAUGGAGACACUGUGAAGGUCAAGGAUCUGGCGAAAGUUGGUAGCAGUAUUCUAGUUGACCUGAAUGAGUCAUACCAUGAUCUAGUAAUUGAUGAGGAAGAUCUAGGGAAUGGCAUGAAAGUGAACCAACCACAAACUGCCAAACGAAUCCUAUCUGUUGGGCAUCUUGGGAAAAUGCCCCAUGAAACUUCUGGUGAGGUUGAAGAUGACAUAGAUGAGGAAGAUGACAUAGAUGAGGAAGAUUUAGUGAAAGACAUGAAAGUGAAAAAACUACAAACUGCCAAAGAUGAUUUGUUGAUCAUAGAUGAGGAAGAUCUAGAGAAUGGAAUGAGAGCAAACCAACGACAAACUUCCAAAGAUGAUUUGUUGAUCACAGAUGAGGAAGAUCUAGCUAAUGGAAUGAAAGCGAACCAACAACAAACUGCCAAACGUAUCUCAUCUGCUGGGCUUCAUCAGGAACCUGGAAAAAUGCUCAAUGAAACUUCUGGUGAGGUUGAAGACGAUAUGGUGAUCAUCGAUGAUAGAGAACCUGGAAGGUUGAAAGCUAACAAACUGACAACAGCCAGGAAACAGGUGUCUCCUCAGAGAAUACCCAGUGAAAACUUGGCCAAAGUUGAACUAUCUCCUCGCAGACAUCCUCGGAAAAUGCCCAGUGAACACUUUGCCAGAGUUGAUGAUGACAAAUUGUUACCUUGGAAACCCGAUUCGACUCUUGAAAUGGCUUUGAAUGAAUGGGAUCACAAACCUCAUCCAACAGCUUUAGCAAACAAACUGAAAACUGCCAGAAAACAUGUGUAUUUUCCUAGACAUCCUCAGAAAAUGCCAAGUGUCAAAGUUGAUGAUGACAAAUUUUCACCCAAUUUGAGUCUUAUGAAUGAAACCGUUUUAGAUGAAUGGGACCAGAUAACAGCCUCCGACAAGAUCUACAUCGAUGUUGAUGACAUAGAUCAUGAUGACGUGAUUAUGAUGGAUGAUCACGAUGACUUAGAUCAUGAUGACGUAGUGAUGACAAAUGAUCACGAUGAUGUGCCAGUGACAACAAAUGAUGAUGGGCCGAUGACGACAAACAAUGACGAUGACGUUUCUGAAGUGUUGUCGACGUCGGUUGCUGACGGCAGCAGCAGCAGCGGCUGUAGUUGUUGUUCUUCGCUGAACAAUAAUUUUGACGACCUGGAGAGCUUGAUAGAGGUAAAGGAUGAGUACCCUAGUCCUAGCUAUGAUUAACCUUAGUGCAAUCUACGCAGAUAGGUCUCAGCUCAAGUUGUAUAUCAAGAAGAAGAAGAAGAAGAAGAAGAAGAAGAAGAAGAAGAAGAAGAAGAAGAAGAAGAAGAAGA